GGCCCCGCCCUUUCCCCCGCGUUCGGUUCCGUGCUGCGCGGGGCCGGGAUCGAGGCUGCCGGAGGAGCUUAGGGGAGACCCUCGGGCGCGCGCAUGGUGCUGCUUGGCAUGCAGAGAUGGCAACGGGCGAGCCUGGCUCACCGAUGCGGGAAGGGACGGUGCUGCCGAAGGAGCAGGCCGGGCUCUGCCCCACGGAUACAGGGGGGGAUGAGCCCAGCGCUGGCCCGGAGGAGCAGGAGGAGCUGCUUGCCCCGCAGAGCAACGGGCCUGUGAGAGUGGCUGAUGGCCAGGGGGAUGCCCAGGAGGAGCCAAGCGACAAGGAGCUCUCAGACUCGGCCUCCACCGACAACACCUUAGAGGACUCGAGCGAGUUUGGGCGGCCCCUGGGGGUGGGGGUCUGUGAGCCGGGAGGCCCCCCGACCACGCACCGUGACGAGGACGUGACGGCCGCCAGCUGGCGGGCCCGCCGGAAGCACGUCUUCGUGCUGAGCGAGGCCGGCAAGCCCAUCUACUCUCGCUAUGGCAAUGAGGAGGCCUUGUCCUCCACCAUGGGCGUCAUGAUGGCGCUGGUGUCCUUCAUCCAGAGUGGUGACAACGCCAUCCGCUCCAUCUACUCGGAUGACCAGAAGCUGGUGUUCGUGCAGCAGGGCCCGCUGGUGCUGGUGUCGGUGUCGCGGACGCUGCAGUCGGAGCAGCAGCUGCGCCAGGAGCUGCUCUACGUCUAUUACCAGAUCCUCAGCAUGCUGACCCAGGUGAGCAUCACCCGCAUCUUCGAACGCAAGAAGAACUACGACCUGCGGCGCCUGCUGGCCGGCUCUGAGAAGAUCCUCGACCGCCUGCUCAACCUGGUGGAGUCGGAUCCCGGCUUCCUGCUGGGGGCUGUGCGCUGCCUCCCCCUCCCUGCCUCCCUGCGGGACACCCUGGGCACCCUGCUGCAGAAGGCCAUCACCCCCAACCUGGUCUUCUCCAUCCUGGUGGCCCGCAGCCAGCUGGUCACGGCGGUGCAGGAGCGGGCGGUGAUCGAGGAGUGCCGGCUGGAGCCCACCGACCUCCACCUGCUGCUCAACCUGAUUGGGGCCAGCUCGGCCUUCCAGGCUGGGGAGAUCUGGACGCCCAUCUGCCUGCCCCGCUUCAACCCUGACGGGUACUUUUACGCCUAUAUCUCCUACCUGGACGCGGAGUGCACCGUGUGCCUGGUGCUGCUCUCGACCGACAAGGAGUCUUUCUACGCCGUCUCGGACUGCAAGAGGCGGGUGGAGGAGGCCAUGCGGACUCAGGGCUCGCUGCAGGUGCUCUCGGGCGGCCUGCAGAGCCCCUCCUAUGGCGUGGGGCAGGUCGGGGUGCCCGACUUGCGGCACUUCCUCUACAAGCCACUGGAUAUCCCGGAGAACUACCGCCAGCUGCCCCAGUUCACCAGCCCAGAGCUGGAGGGGCCGUACUGCAGUGAGGAGGAGCAACACCGGCUCUUUGACCUCUACCAUUACCUGCACAGCCGCAUCCACAGCACUUCUCGCCCCCUACGCCUCAUCUACCAUGUGGCCGAGAAGGAGACGCUACUCGCCUGGGUCACCAGUAAGUUUGAGCUAUACACCUGCUUCAGCCCCCUGGUAACCAAGGCCGGCGCCAUCAAUGUCCUCACCAAGCUGUUACGCUGGAUCAAGAAGGAGGAGGACCGGCUCUUCAUUCGCUAUCCCCCAAAGUACUCUACUACGCCCAACCCUGGGAAGGGCACCAAGGGGGGCCGGCCUGAUGUUCCCAGCGACUUUGCACCCAAGGCAGAGGAGCUGCUAUUGCUGGUGAAACGACUGCAAGAUGCAGGGACCCUGGAGCCCCAAAUGGAUGACCUGGUAGGAAGGAUCAGCAGACUGCAGCGAGCUAAGCAGAAUCUGAGCCAGGAGCUGCAUGAUGGGAAGGUGCGCAGCGAGGAACUGCAAGCAGAGCUGGAGGAGCUGAACAAGGAGAAGUCGAACCUGGAGGAAAUCUGCAGCCAGAAGCAAGAGGUCCUGAGGACCCUGCAGCUCCGCUGCCAGGAGACAGAGGCCGAGGCCAAGCGGCAGCAGACACUGUCCCAGGAGCGGAAGCAGAGCAUCGAGGAGCUGACGGCAAAGAUCCAGGAGGAGAAGCUGAAGCAGCGGAAACAGAGGUAUCCCCCGCCCCCCUGCAGCGGACUGAAUGUGGGACAGGAUCCCCAGCUCUGUAAGCGGGAGUCGCUACUGCUCCAACCCUCCUUCCCCCGGUGCCCUGGAGAUGGCCAAGUGUCGUACACAGCACCCAGCACAACAGGCAAUGAGCCAGAGUGGGCAGUGCAUUCUGGGAUAUCUAGAUGCUCCCUUCUCUCCGUGAGAUCUACGGCAGCCCGAUCCUCAAAGCUGGAAUUUGAACAGCAGCUGGACGAGCUGAUGGAGAAGCACAAGAGCCUCCAGGAGUGCCAUAGCAUGGAGAAGCUGGCUGCCGAGAUCUGCAGCAUGGCCGAGAGCAAGGAACGUUUGCUGAGCGAAGACAAGCUGAUCCAAGACAACUUGGCCCAGGUCGAGAAGCAGCUGGACUCCCUGCCCCAGGCAGAGGCAGCUCCCAGACAGGAGAGGAUGUUCCUGAAGAGCCAGGAGGCCAGCACUGCCCUGCAGCUGUUCCAACAGGAAAACAAGAGAGCCACUGAGUAUCUGGAGGCAGCUUCACGCCGCCACUCAGAACUGCAGCAGAAGUUCAAGAGGCUGACGGCUGAGCUGGAAGCCCAGCAGGGAUCCAGGGGUGACUCGGCCAGCAUGGAAACAGAUGCCUAACCCCCGCCCCCCCCAACGAGAGCUAGAACGGCGCCCCCCGAGGAUCGGCAUGGAGUUAAGUCACCUCUGGAUGUAUCGGGCUCCUU